CAUCAGGCAUGGCGGAAGAAAGGAGCAACGACUGCAUGCCCCUUGACUUAAGCAUGAAGGGCAAAGCAACACCAAGUACAAGCAGUGACCGUACCCAGGGCGCUUCAUCUACAUUGGGCGCCUACAACACGAUUUCUGACGACGCCUUGCGUUACCAGGGAAACAGGCCGCACACACCGACGACCGACGAGACUUGCAGCGUCGACGGUGUCACUGACAAUGGCAGCACAAGUUGCCAGCCCCUGAAGUCAUUCAGGAACAUCGAUGAGGCAAUGACCAGCACAUACCGCGCUGGCAUGGAGGAAGCAUCAGCGAAUUCUGAAGAAGGCGUUACGAAUGCUCCUAGAACCGGAAGAAGAGGACAGCGAGAAUUGUGCGCUGUAUGUGGCAAUUUUUCGAGCAAACGUGAAGCCUUACACGGGUACGCCAAGGAACGCACGGAUGACGCAGCCCACAUUUGCAAAGCAUGUGAUCAAUCGUCUGUGAAGGUGUCUAAGUUUGUAGAACAUUGCCGCAACCGAACUGACAAAAACCACAAAUGCGAAACCUGUGGUAAAGAGUUCAACCGAGCUUAUCAUCUAGUUCGACAUUACCGCACGCACACAGACGAGAGACCCUACAAGUGCAAAACCUGUGAUAAAUCCUUCCGGCAGUCUCAUCACCUAGAUUACCACGAGCGCACUCAUACAGACGAGAGACCCUACCAAUGCCAAGUGUGUAACAAAUCGUUCCGGCAGUCUUGUCAUCUGGAUGACCAUAAGCGCCAGCACACAGGUGAGAAACCCUACAUUUGCAGAUCAUGCGGUAAAUCAUACACACGGGCAGCGAAUCUCCGUAAACAUGAGCAUGCUCACGCAGAGGAGAAAUGUAAGAUAUGACAUAAUGUGCUAUCUCAUACAAAAACGAAUACAAUAUUAAGAGACAUGUAGACUCGCAAUGUGGAAACAGCGCUUUCGUUUGCGAACUCUGUGAUCGAUCCUUUCAGACCAAUUCAAGUCUUCUUCUUCACCGCCGAACAAAGCACGUGGAUAAAACACCGUAUGAGUGUACGCAGUACGGAUGUCGUUUCGUAGACAAACACGCGAUAGGCACGUGUGCCAGAGGGAACGCAGGAUGUGAACGAUGGCUUCUGGGUCUUCGUAAUUGCGCGACAAAAUACUGCAGUUCCUGGCCAGCGCUCACUGUUCCAUGAACUAUGUUGUUGGUGUACAUUGUUUUAUCAAACUGACUUCCAGACAACUUCCUAAUAGGCUGCAAGGUUGUGUUUUGUGUAACUGGAGGGCUGAAAUAUCCACAAAAAAUUUUUGAACCCCGUUUGGUUAGAGAAACUUCUUGUGCAGUUCUUUGCACAGUGUACCAGCGAAGAAGCUUGAAUGACCCAUAUUCGUAGCAAUUUUGCAGGGUAAACAGAAAAGAAUAUCUCAUUAGGAAGCACUUGAGAAAGGAGGUACUGAAUUCUUGUCAACAUAAAAGUAAUUUCUGCCAUUAUAUGAGGUCCAAAAGCCCAGUUUCCUUCGAGAGACGGCACUUGCAGAUGCUUUUACGACAAUGCAUAGCAACAUUGCACACGUAUGAAAAUUAUUUGCAUGAAAUUUUGCUCAAUGCAAUAGCGGCUCUUUAGCACGGGUAUUCAUAGUGCCGAUGUUUGUUAUAUAGCGUAAAAUGAGCUGAUGAUGGUAGUGAUAUACUGAAGCAAGGUUUGAGUACGGGCUAGGCGGUAUUCCAUGGUAUAAAUCGUCA